AUGAGUCUCUUCAAGAGUGUCGCAGUCUUGUGCACGUUGCUUCCAGCAGCCGCAGUGGCAGACUACGCCUACACCACGGUGCCACAGACGUUCCUCUUCAGCAUCCGGUCCGCUCGCCCCUCAAUAGCGGAGGCAUCGCCAACGCGCAACCGGACCUGCAUUGUGGAAAGCCACGGCGAUGGCGAGACUGAUGACUCCGAGUUCAUCAAAGCCGCCAUCGAUGGCUGCAACCCCGACGGACAUGUCAUUUUUCCCAGAACACAGUCAUAUUUCAUCGGCAACCCUCUAGACUUGACUCACCUGGAGCGCGUAGACCUAGACAUCCAGGCAAAUAUCAAGUUCAGCGAUAAUAUGACCUACUGGAGAGAUGGGCACACCUUCGACAUGGACUACCAGAACAGCACCACCUUUUUCAAGAUUGGCGGUACGGACGUGAACGUAUACGGAGGUGGCGUCAUUGAUGGAAAUGGCCAAAAGUGGUGGGAUUGGUAUCCCGAGCACAAGAAGGACCGGCGACCUGUUCUUUUAAUGACUGAUGACCUGCAUGGCGGAACAAUUUCGGACAUAAGCCUCAACAACUCGCCGAUGUGGACCAACUUUGUCGCCAAUUCGACAGACGUGACAUUCACAAACAUUUCAAUCUGGGCUGUGAGCAAUAACGAGUAUUUCGAGAAGAACACUGAUGGAUGGGACAUCUAUCGAUCCGAUCGAAUCACGAUACAGAACUCGAGCGUGACGAAUGGAGAUGACUGUGUAUCAUUCAAGCCGAACUCGACCAAUAUCCUGGUGCAGAAUAUGCGCUGCAACGGAACGCACGGUAUCUCGAUCGGCAGCCUGGGCCAGUACCCAGAAAGGGUUGACUACGUCCAGAAUAUCACGGUCAUCAACGCAGCAAUGUACAAUUCUUCUGAAGGCGCACGCAUCAAGGUCUGGCCAGAUGCGUAUUCUGAAAAGAGCGGCAACCUCGUCGGUGGUGGAGGUGGAGGUCUAGUCCAGAAUGUGACGUACGACACGAUGUGGCUCGAUAACGUGGACUACGGUCUGACUAUCACGCAAUGCUACGGUCAGGAUGAUGAAGAGGAAUGCUUCAAGCACCCUCUCAAGAUUACGGACGUCACAUUCCGCAACGUUCGGGGAAGAUCCAACCGUGUCUUCUCCUCUUGUGGGACACCUGGUUUGUUCUAG